GGCCGCGCUCAGUGUCCUCCGGCCGGCCGCCCGCGCCUCUCGUGACGACCGCCGCUCGUUGUCACUCCCCACAAUAAUCUUCGCGGUGUAAAAAUAAAGCCCGCGACAGACGGCGGCUCCCCAAGUUAUAUUUAAAUGAUAGCGCGGACGUUGGAUCUUGCCCGCCUCGACCGCUCGCCGCCAUCAUGAGACUGAGUCGGGGCCUAGAGUGCGAGUGUGCCGGCGGCGCCGCGUGCCCCGACGGCGCGGCCAACGGCACCUGCCUCACGCAGCCCGGCGGCUACUGCUUCGUGGCCGUGGAGGAGGUGCUCGACGAGAACGGGUACAUCGUGCUGGACCGCUCUGCUGGCUGCCUGCCGCCCGAUGAAUCAGGGUUCAUGCAAUGCAAAAGCGCGCAAGUGCCACACCAGCACCCUAAGGGCAUCGAAUGCUGCUCCGAUAGGGACCUGUGCAACCAGCGUCUGAGCCCGCUGCUGCCGGCGCCGCCGGCCGGGCCGGACGACGCGGGCCCGGCGCUGCGGCCGCCCGCCGCCGGCAGCCCCGCGGCGCUGCUGGCGGCCGCGCUGUGCGUGGCGCUGCUGGCCGCGCUGGGCGCCUGCCUGCUGCUGCUGCGCCGCCGCCGCGCCGGCAAGCGCCCGCCCUCGCCGCCCGCCCCGCGCGCGCCCACCCUCGCCGACGCCUCCUCGGGCUCCGGCUCCGGCCUGCCGCUGCUCGUGCAGCGCACCGUCGCCAAGCAGAUCCAGAUGGUCGAGUCCGUCGGCAAGGGCCGCUACGGCGAGGUCUGGCUCGCGCGCUGGCGCGGCGAGAAGGUCGCCGUCAAGGUGUUCUUCACCACCGAGGAGGCGUCCUGGUUCCGCGAGACCGAGAUCUACCAGACGGUGCUGAUGCGCCACGAGAACAUCCUCGGCUUCAUCGCCGCCGACAUCAAGGGCACCGGCUCCUGGACGCAGAUGCUGCUCAUCACCGACUACCACGAGAACGGCUCGCUGCACGACUACCUGCAGACGGUGGUGCUGGACGCGCACGCGCUCAUGACCAUGGCCUACUCGGUGGUGAGCGGGCUGGCGCACCUGCACAUGGACAUCUUCGGCACCAGCGGCAAGCCGGCCAUCGCGCACCGGGACAUCAAGAGCAAGAACAUCCUCGUGAAGCGCGACGGCCAGUGCGCCAUCGCCGACUUCGGGCUCGCCGUGCGCUACGUGGCCGAGCGCAACGAGGUGGACAUCGCGCCCAACACGCGCGUCGGCACGCGCCGCUACAUGGCGCCCGAGGUGCUCGCCGAGCGGCUCGACGGCGCCAACUUCGAGGCCUUCAAGACCGCCGACAUGUACUCGCUCGGGCUCGUGCUGUGGGAGAUGUGCCGGCGCUGCGCCACCGGCGACAAGGCGCAGCACGUGGAGGCCUACGCGCUGCCCUACCACGAGUUCGUGCCGCCCGACCCGUCCUUCGAGGACAUGCACGCGGUGGUCGUGGCCAAAGGCAUCCGGCCGCCGGUGCCGGCGCGCUGGCGGGCGAGCGAGCCGCUGGCCACGCUGGCGGCGCUGAUGGCGGAGUGCUGGCACGCCAACCCGCCCGUGCGACUCACGGCGCUGCGCGUCAAGAAGACGCUGGCGCGCUACAACACGGAGACCACCGUCAAGCUCGUGUGACCCCGUGCGUGUGUCUCGUGACUCUCGGACGUUCUGCGACGAUUAGCCUAGUUCAAAGUUAAGUUCCUCGAUAUUUUUCUAUUUAUUUUUAGUGGGGCGCCGUGGAGUUCGGACCGACCGCCGCUCGUGUAAAUCUCAGUAUUGUUAAGUUGUCCGGCCGCCGGCCCCGGCCCAGUGACGCGACCGCUCGCCGCGCUUCGGUCCGCCCGCUCGGACGAAGCCGUCGAAGGUCCCCCCGGAAUCUCGACAGUGGACGAUUUUGGUUUUAGUUGUUCUAUAUUUUUAUUUUAUUACUGUUAUGUAGAAUUAAUGCGAAGGAAUUUUAUGAUGAAAAAUUGUUGUCUUCCGUUCCGAUGGGCGAGUAUGAGCGCGGAGGCGUCCGGAGCGCUGGCCGCCAGCUCCCGAGCGACAUGAAUUGUGAUAUUUUGACAAUAAGACGCUUUUGAAAUACAAAAUGUAUGAUUUCAAAAUUAUUGACGUGGCGACGUUUACGCACUUUAUUUACAAUGUUCAGAGAGAUAAAUAGUUGUAGAUUGUACUUAAAAGUUGAUAAAAAGACUAAUAUUAGUGUGUGAGUAUUAGAAAUGGGAUGUAAAGCGCAGUGUUUUACGGAGAUGCCUUCGCCAGAGUAGUAUUAACGUUUAGUUAUUAGCGACGCGCUCGGCCCGGGCUGCGCCCGCGGGAUGUGCCUUUAUUUGCCAAACGUGCCUAAUGUGAUGCAGUCGAGGUGACGAGUACUUUAUGAAAUGUAAUAUAGAUGUUUCCUACGAACUGUAGCGCGAGGCCGGGCCGAGCGCGCGCGUCGCAUUUAUGUGCGCCCGCGCACGCCUGUACAGUGUUGUGUAAAUAUAGCGGUAAAGGACAUUGCAUAGGUAUCUUACAUAAAUAAACCUUUAUUGUCACCAAAACAAAA